CAGAGGGUUGUUUUGCUGGGUUACCGAGUCCCGGUUUCCGGUACUUCUGUCGGUUACCGAGCAGCGCCCUCCGGGCUGGACGGACAGAGAGAGAGAAACUGUCAAGAAUCGGUCCAAGAAAGGUCCCAAAAAAGCGAGCUCCGGCAGCGGCAGCAAGUUACCGCCUGUUUGCUAUGAAAUAAUUACAUUAAAAAACCGAAAGAAGAAGAAGAUGGCUGCUGAGAUUUUUCCGAGCAAGAAGCCAGCCAACAGCAACUCCAACUCUGCGCAGCAGUACCACCAGCAGAAUCUGACCAACAAUAACACUAUCCCGUCCCCAAACUGGCAAGGACUCUAUGGCACCAUCCGGGAGAGGAAUUCUGUGAUGUUCAAUAACGAACUGAUGGCUGAUGUGCAUUUUGUGGUGGGACCCCCAAGUGGGACUCAGCGAUUGCCGGGACAUAAGUAUGUCCUGGCUGUCGGGAGCUCGGUGUUCCACGCAAUGUUUUACGGCGAGCUUGCGGAGGACAACGAUGAAAUUCGUAUACCAGAUGUUGAACCUGCUGCUUUCCUUGCGAUGCUGAAGUAUUUGUAUUGCGAUGAAAUUGACUUGGCUGCUGAUACCGUUCUGGCAACUCUCUAUGCUGCUAAAAAAUAUAUCGUUCCCCAUCUUGCCAGAGCUUGUGUCAACUUCCUAGAGACCAGCUUAAGUGCAAAGAAUGCCUGCGUUCUCCUCUCUCAAAGCUGCCUGUUUGAGGAACCUGAUCUGACCCAGAGGUGUUGGGAAGUGAUUGAUGCCCAAGCAGAGCUUGCUUUGAAAAGCGAAGGUUUUUGCGACAUUGACUUUCAAACGCUUGAAAGCAUCCUCAAAAGAGAGACCUUAAACGCCAAAGAAAUAGUUGUCUUUGAGGCGGCUCUCUGCUGGGCCGAAGUGGAAUGUCAACGUCAAGAGUUAACUCCCACCAUAGAGAACAAGAGGAAAGUUUUGGGCAAAGCCCUUUACUUGAUUCGCAUCCCAACGAUGGCCCUUGAUGACUUUGCCAAUGGCGCGGCGCAGUCCGGAGUGUUGACUCUGAAUGAGACAAACGACAUCUUUCUUUGGUAUACCGCUGCUAAGAAACCAGAUUUAGAGUUUGUGAGCAAACCCAGAAAGGGUCUAGUCCCUCAGCGGUGCCACCGAUUUCAGUCCUGUGCCUACCGUAGUAACCAGUGGCGCUACAGAGGCCGUUGCGACAGCAUUCAGUUCUCUGUGGACAAAAGGGUAUUUGUUGCAGGUUUCGGCCUCUACGGCUCCAGCUGUGGUUCAGCUGAAUACAGCGCCAAAAUUGAACUGAAACGCCAAGGGGUGAUUUUAGGACAGAAUCUAAGCAAAUAUUUUUCAGAUGGAUCCAGCAACACGUUUCCAGUCUGGUUUGAGUACCCCGUGCAAAUCGAGCCAGAUACGUUCUACACGGCCAGUGUGGUCUUGGACGGCAAUGAGCUGAGCUACUUCGGACAGGAAGGAAUGACUGAGGUGCAGUGCGGAAAAGUAACGGUGCAGUUUCAGUGCUCCUCAGAUAGCACGAACGGCACCGGGGUGCAAGGAGGACAGAUACCCGAACUUAUUUUCUAUGCUUAAUUUAAAAAAAUAUAUUGUAGAGUCUAACGGACCCAUUGUGCGAUGCUGAGGAUGAGACUAGACCGAAUGUGAUGUAUCUGUAUAUAAACUACCGGUGAGAGCCUCCUCUA